CUGCAGGGGUGGGACCGAUCCCUCGGUUGGUGACCUCUACCUGGGCCGCAUCUGACCUGGUUAGGGCGCAAGGGACCGGGCUGUGGCCUCUCGGUUAAAGAGCUUUGGGGCUGCGGCGGGUUAGUGACAAGCGCGCGCUGGGCCAUCGCCUCUGCCGCUUUGCUUGGGAGGACUAGAACGGGCUCCGGGAAAUUUUAGGAAGACAUUUUCAAAACUAAUUAUGAAAACAUUUGUCAUUGGAAUUGGUGGUGUGACAAAUGGUGGGAAGACAACACUGGCUAAAAAUUUGCAGAAACAUCUCCCAAACUGCAGUGUCAUAUCUCAGGAUGAUUUCUUCAAGCCAGAGUCUGAGAUAGAGACAGAUAAAAAUGGAUUUCUGCAGUAUGAUGUGCUUGAAGCGCUUAACAUGGAAAAAAUGAUGUCCACCAUUUCUUGCUGGAUGGAAAGCCCGAGACACACUCUGGUGUCAACAGCCUGGGGACGUGCUGAGGAAGUCCCCAUAUUAAUCAUCGAAGGUUUUCUUCUCUUUAAUUAUAAGCCCCUCGACCCUGUGUGGAAUAGAAGCUACUUUCUGACCAUUCCAUAUGAAGAAUGUAAGAGGAGGAGGAGCACAAGGGUCUACAAGCCUCCAGACCCCCCAGGGUAUUUUGAUGGCCACGUGUGGCCCAUGUAUCUAAAGCACAGACAAGAAAUGGAGGACAUCACGUGGGAAAUUGUUUACCUAGAUGGUACAAAAUCUGAAGAGGAACUCUUUUCACAAGUAUAUGAAGAUCUAAGACAAGAACUAGCAAAGCAAAAAUUGUCCUGCAAAGCCAGCCUGGAGGGAUCCUCAGAAUAGCCUACUUUAACCCUCAGUUCAGGAAUGAGCUAAUGGGGAGGCCUUUCAGAUGUUUCAGUUGACUACUCUUUCAGCUUUGCAUAGCAUUUCAUAAACCUGCUUAACUAAUUUUCCACUCCAAGCAUAUAAAAUCAUAAUUGUGAUAAAGUAAUAAUAAUGAAAGGGAAACAACAAAGAUUGAGUUUAAUUAAUAAUGAAACAGCAAAUGACCCAGGAGAGUAAGGAUAUGAAGUUAUAUAUUUAAUUCAAUCCUUAUUUAAAUCCAAAUUUGAAGCAAAAUUGAAUCAUUACUUAUUCUCACUAAACAAGGCA